GCGUGCAUAAUCAUGUCAUCAGUGUCGGUGGGCUUUAAAAGGACUAGCAGUGUAGACUCUCUUUCAUUUCUAAUACAAAGACGCACAAUGACAAGUCUGAACAUAUUUGUCUUGCUAUUUCUUGGAACCAUCAUGCUGUCCACAGCCUCAGCUGGAGGUGGCACAGCAAGUUGUUGCCGAGCACUUACAUCCACUCAACUCCACCGAGAUCGACUACAGAGUUACUACAAACAGCACAAGUCAACAUGCCCUAUCGACGCAGUUGUGAGGAUCUGCUCUGACCCCAGACGAAUGUGGACAAAGACCAGCAUGGCCUACCUGGAUGGGAAGAACAGCGUCCUACAUGGACACCACCGGGCAAACAACUUCCAUCCUAACACAGAAAGACCACACUUAAAUUAGUCUAAAUAAAAGGAAAUGUUAUGAUCAGUUUGAUUUAUACAGACUCUGAAUGUUGUCUUAUUUUUCUUACCUCAUUCUUGUGAAGCUGAGAUUUUUUAAGGAUUUAUCAGUUUUAAUGAUCAGAUCGAAUGUAAAUAUUUGAACUAUGUGUUUCUGUUAUUGUACAAUGACGCUCAGUGAC